UGUGCUCGCAAAUAGAAAUGUUUAAAAUUCUGCAGCUUCUCGUCGUCGGCGUGUCCGGAAUUUGGGCAGCGGACUACAUGGCGAUCCCUGAGGACACAUUUGUGGAGUGCACGGACGGCCCACCCGGAUCGAUUCCCAUGCACGAAGCUUUCCAAGUGGACAACUUGGGGGCCGAAGUGGUGCCCGAAGGCAUUUACGUAUCGGGGAACGCCACCACCAUAUGGAAUUUUCCGCGCACCGAUCGCCUUUCCGCCAGGAUUAGUAUUUUCCAUUAUAAUCGCGGUACUUGGGAGCCGACUGUAUUUAACGUAGUUACGAGGGACGUUUGCUCUACGAUAUUCGACAAAAACACUUACUGGUACACAUCGUGGUUCCAAAACCUCUUGAACGCGGACGAGAUUAAGGAAAAGUGUCUUAUAACCAAAGAUACCGUUCUGGUGUACAAUCCAUUCCUUUUGAAGUUACGGGCGGACAACAUCAUUGGUCCCCCUCUUCAUGGUCGCUAUAAGUCGGUUAUCAUUUUUGAAGCAUUCGAUGAAAAUAACGUGCGGCGACCAACAUCCUUGUGCUGCGAAUUUAGAGCUCAGGUGGAAAGGAUUAGGAAUUAAUUUUAAAACUGUAAAAAACUGUAAAUGUACAUGUAGCUAUAUAUUUUUACUGUAUACAGGUCUGUUUUUAUGUUUUUCCGAAAUUAUAUUAUGUCUGUUCUACGAUCUGUAGGCCAAAAAAAUGUCUACCCA